GGUCAUUACUCCAAUAUACUUCCUUCUCUAUAAUUACUCUUCUUGAGAACUUCUCUCUCUAGGAUAUCAAGUGUUGUUGACUUGAGUGUUAGAGUGUUUUCUCAAGGAAAUAUCCUCGAGUUUUUCAAGUGUUGAAGCAGCUAAAGAUCUUUGCAGUGAAGGUUCGUGAACUUGCCCAAACAUUUGGGCGUCGUCUGUUGGAAAGCAUAAAAAAGUGGUGUUGCUUAAUCGAGUGAAGUAAAACAUGGUACAUAUCUUUACAGGAAGUCAGCCUCUUUCAGUAGACAGAAUAGACGAUCAGAGCAAUGAUCAACUUCCGGAGUUUAACCUCAAUGACUUUCAACCAAUGCUAAGGAACCUUGUUGUAAAGGGAGUAGAUGAGGAACAAUUAAGUAGUUCUGAUGAUGAGCAAACACCCACUAGGCCUUUAGAAUCAACCUGGACGUCUGAGCUAGAAGAAAGAACUAUGGUCUUGGAGAUGGCUGUGGGAAGAAUACUAUCUUGUUUGAUUCCUGAUGACCCCCUAACUCCCCUCUUGAAUAAGGUUGAUCAUCCUGCAGAAGUUGCUACCUGUAUUUCCCCCGCUUUGAGUAAUAUGGUUGUACCGACCAAACUAAGAGGAAGCGGGAAAUUGAACCUAGAACCCAACUUGUCAAAGCUUAACGAAGAAUUGUUGAACAAGAAUAACGAGCUUGAAAAACAACUCAAGGGUAUACGAAAAUCCAUCGAUGAGUUAAGGAGUUCUAAGUCGUGCCAACAAGCACCCGACUUAGAUAGUGCUCCUCUUAGCAUGUCCAUCAUGGCAGAGCCUUAUCAAGAGGGGUUCAGGAUUCCUCAUUUAGAAACAUAUGAUGGCUCUAGUGAUCCAAAUGAACACUUACACACCUACCAAGCCAUUAUAAAGACACAAAAUGCAACAGAUGCCAUGAUGUGCAAAUUGAACCCAACCUCUCUGAAGAAAUACGAAGGACCUAUAUGUGGAUUUGAUAAGCAGCCUGCCCCUGUUGAAGGGCUGGUUAACCUCCCCAUCUAUGUACGCAAUGAGCCUCAUUAUAGGAUGGCAUCAAUGAACUUCCUGGUUGUGAAGAUGGAAUCGACUUUUAAUGCAAUAAUCAAGAAAGCUACAUUGUGCGAACUGAAGGCUGUUAUCUCUCAGCCACACUUAUGCAUGAAGUUCCAACACCCCACGGAAUAGGAAUGCUAAAAGGGAACUAGAAAAUGGCUAGAACUUUCUACUAUGACACAUUGAAGAAGGUCAAACUUGCAGUAGUGUCUAAAGCUUCCUCAUCCCUGAUUCAUCAGUUAUGCCAGCCAAGUCUGCAAACAAUAAGCAUCUUUGACAUAG